CCUUCCUAGGGUCUACUGACACACAAAGCCCUCUGAAAUUGGAGCCUUCGGAUCCAUCUCUUCUCAUAGAGUUUGGUUUCAACUUAAGGUGUUCCAAAACGAACCGGAGGACAAGGAGGCUUACAAGAGGAGAACGGCUUGGCACAAAGCAGAUGGACCACAUGUCUCCUAGGUUGAGAGCCUUCCUCUCUGAACCCAUUGGGGAGAAGGAUGUGGCCUGGGUGGACGGAGUCAGCCGGGAGCUUGCCAUCAAUUUGGUCACCAAAGGUUUCAACAAGGCCUACAUCCUGCUGGGACAGUUCCUUCUGAUGCACAAGAAUGAGGCAGAAUUCCAGAGGUGGAUCAUCUGCUGUUGUGGUGCCACGGAGUACGAAGCCCGCCAGAGCUCCACCUGCCUGAAGGAAUGGUGUGCCUGCUUCCUGUAA